GCUUUAUUCCUCCUCGAAUCCGGACUCCGACGAGCCUUAUCCGCGCGAAACGCGUAGCAGCGACCGAACCGCGGAGUUCGGCCGUUACAAAUUGACUUUGGAAGUGAAGGGAUACCAUCAUUUAAUCUUGAUGAUAAAGCAGACCAUGGAUUAGUAAUAAUGUUUCAGCCACUUGCAGAUUUUUAUUCCCAACCAGUAGCAGUGUUUGCUUCCAAGGCGCCUGUAUCAGGAGAAGUACUUGCGCAACUAGUAAUUAAGGCUAUUGCAUUAUUAGAGAAUAUCAAUGUUAAAGUCCAUGGUGUAAUUACUGACGGUGCUGCAACUAAUAGAAAAUUUUGGAAUAUUGUAUCUGGUGUAUCUGGAAAAAAGGAUGACUUAAUUAAUGUUUUUAAUCACCCCACUGUAAACGGACGUUAUAUAUAUGUAUUCUCAGAUACACCACACCUUAUCAGAACUAUUAGAAAUCGAUUAUAUAGUACAUCAUUACAGCUCAAUCCUGAUGAAAAACAUAUCAAAUGGGAUUAUUUCCGAAUAUUAUAUAAUAAAGAUAAAUCGCUACCAGCUCUAAUGCGAAUAUGUCCAUAAAUAACAACCAAUCAUUUAAUACUUACUAACGCAGCUAAAAUGAGAGUUCAUCUAGCUACUCAAGUAAAACAUCUUAAC